CGGCCGGUGGCGGCGGGAGGCGCCCGGACCGCGCCGGGCAUGGUGUGCGGGGACCCCCGCGCCAUGGAGCUGGAGAACAUCGUGGCCAACACCGUCCUGCUCAAGGCACGGGAAGGAGGCGGCGGCAAGAGGAAAGGCCGGAGCAAGAAGUGGAGGGAGAUCCUGCGGUUCCCGCACAUCAGCCAGUGCGACGAGCUGCGGAAGGGCCUGGAGCAGGACUACGGCAGCCUGUGCCAGCGGCAGCCCAUCGGCCGCCUGCUCUUCCGGCAGUUCUGUGAGACGCGGCCGGAGCUCCUGCGCUGCAUCCGCUUCCUGGACGCCGUGGAGGAGUACGAACUCUCCCCAGAUGAGAAGCGGAAGGAGAUGGGGGAAGAGAUCAUCCAGCGGUUCCUCAGGCAGGAGUCCCCAGAUUCCCUGCCCGAGGUGGGCCACCCCCACGCCAGUGAGUACCUGCAGGACCUGCAGAAGAGCCCCUGCAAGGACCUGUUCAGCAGCUGCCUGCGCCCCCUGCACCAGUUCCUGAGCGGGGACCCCUUCGCCGACUACCGGGCCAGCAUGUUCUUCGACCGGUUCCUGCAGUGGAAGUACCUGGAGAGGCAGGCUGUCACCAAGGACACCUUCCGGCAGUACCGGAUCCUGGGCAAGGGCGGGUUCGGAGAGGUGUGCGCCUGCCAGGUGCGGGCCACGGGCAAGAUGUACGCCUGCAAGAAACUGGAGAAGAAGCGGAUCAAGAAGCGGAAAGGGGAGGCGAUGGCCCUGAACGAGAAGCAGAUCCUGGAGAAGGUCAACAGCCGGUUCGUGGUGAGCCUGGCCUACGCCUACGAGACGAAGGACGCGCUGUGCCUGGUGCUGACCAUCAUGAACGGGGGAGACCUCAAGUUCCACAUCUACAACAUGGGGAACCCCGGCUUCGAGGACAAGCGCGUGGCCUUCUACGCAGCAGAGAUCUGCUGUGGGCUCCAGCACCUGCACCAGGAGGGCAUCGUCUACAGGGACCUGAAGCCAGAGAAUAUCCUGCUGGAUGAUGAUGGCCACAUCAGGAUCUCUGACCUGGGGCUGGCUGUCAAGAUCCCCGAGGGCGAGACCAUCCGCGGCCGCGUGGGCACCGUCGGCUACAUGGCCCCGGAGGUGAUCAGCAACGAGCGCUACACCUUCAGCCCCGACUGGUGGGGCCUGGGCUGCCUGGUGUACGAGAUGAUCGAGGGCCAGUCGCCCUUCCGCGCCCGCAAGGAGCGGGUGAAGCGGGAGGAGGUGGAGAAGCGGGUGCAGGAGGAGCAGGAGCUCUACUCGGACAAGUUCAGCGAGGACGCCCAGGCCAUCUGCAAGCUGCUCCUGGCCAAGGACCCCGGGGUGCGGCUGGGCUGCGGGGCCGGCGGGGCGGCCGAGGUGAAGCGCCAUCCCUUCUUCAGGACCAUCAACUUCAAGCGGCUGGAGGCCGGAAUCAUGACCCCCCCCUUCGUGCCGGACCCACGGGCGGUUUAUUGCAAGGACGUGCUGGACAUCGAGCAGUUCUCCACGGUGAAGGGCGUCAACUUGGACCAAACCGACAGCGAUUUCUACGCCAAAUUCGCCACGGGCAGCGUCUCCAUCCCCUGGCAGAACGAGAUGAUCGAGACCGAGUGUUUCAAGGACCUCAACGUGUUUGGGCCCGGCGGGACCCGCUCCCCUGACCUGGACUGGCAGCGGCUGCCCGAGCCCCCCAAGCGCAGCCUUUUGCAGCGGCUCUUCCGGCGACACCCAGCCGACUACACCAUCGGCACCACCGUCCGCCCCCCCGGCCCGGCUGCCGUGAACUCGCACCCUCCUGCCGCCAAAUCCUCCUGCCAAACCCCGGCACCGGCACCGUCUUGACCCCUCGGGGGGCCCCCAGCCCCCGUGUGCCCUCUCAGGGUUAUCCCGGAGCAGCGCCGGGGCCGGGGGCUCUGGGGAUG